AUGGGUAUUGAUAUCAACCAUAAGCAUGACCGCAAGGUCCGCAGGACUGCCCCCAAAAGUGAGGACCCCUACCUCAGGAUUCUGGCCAAGUUGUACACGUUCUUGGCCAGACGUACCGGCGAGAAGUUCAACAACAUCAUUAUGAAGAGGCUUUUCAUGUCACGACGCUUCCGUGCUCCACUUUCUAUUGCACGCAUUAGCAGAAUGUUAAAGAAGGAGGGAAAUGCGAAUAAGCUCGUCGUCACAUGUGGAACUGUCACAGAUGACGCUCGUCUUUAUGAAGUGCCGAAGUUCACCCUCGCUGCACUGAAAGUCACUGAAUCGGCCCGUGCCCGCAUUCUGAAGGCUGGAGGAGAAAUAAUCACUCUCGACCAGCUUGCUCUCCGUGCUCCUAAGGGUGAGAACACUCUACUGAUCCAGGGUCCCCGCAAAGCUCGUGAAGCUCAGAAGCACUUCGGCCUUGCUCCAGGAGUUCCGCAUAGUCACACGAAGCCGUACGUCCGAUCAAAGGGACGCAAGUUCGAACGUGCACGUGGACGAAGAGCUUCUCGUGGUUACAAAGCUUAA